CGGGCACGGCCUCCCGCCGCCGGCCAGGGCUGCCCCUUUAAGAGGCCCCAGCGCCUGGUUCCUUCCCUCUCCUCCCCUUCCGCAGCGCUGCGAUUCGGGCUGCCGCCGCCAGAGCCGGGCCGCGCCAUGGGCAGCCGCCGCCGCGCCGCCAGCCGCCGCUGCUGCCGCGCCGAGGGAGCUCCCGCGGGGCCGCGGGGCGCUCGGGCACCGACGGGUAGCGGCAGAGCUCGCCACGGGACGCGCCGCGCCGAGGCUCCGGAGAGCGUGUGCGCCCGGGGGACAGCACAAUAGCCGGGAGGAGGAGACAGGGAAAGGGGCAGGGGGAGAGGAGGAGAGAGAAAGAGAAAGCACAACACGGGGACUGGAGAGGGGAGGACAGAGCGGAGGGCUCCCGAGCGUGGCUGCGCUGAAGAUCUUGCCCAGGACGGCAGCGACAGGAGGUGGGGGGGUGGGUGGCUGGGGGGCGAUAUCUGCCUUCCCUCCCCCGCACCGAGCCUGCUCCUUUGUCCACCCACUUUGAAGUGCUCUGGGCUCGCCGGGUUGGGAGCAUUGUUGCUCGCUGGGAAAAGAUCGGUCAUGCCGGGGAGAAAGUAGCGAGCGUGCGGCGGGGCUAGGACGGCAAAAGCUGAAGGAGACGGGGACGAGAGACUGCUCCGAGGACUGCUCCUUACCUCCCAGUUUCCCUGCCUGCAUGGAUCGUGAAAGAGACGCGUUGAGUUGACCCUGCCAGAGCUGUUUCUGCUUCUACGAAUGUGAGAUCCGGUUGGUUUAUUCUCUCCACCUAUCUGUCUCUUGCCUCCUUCCUGUAUUCUCCACUUAGUCCUGUAUGCAAAAUGGUGGACCCUGUGGGGUUUGUGGAGGCUUGGAAAGCACAGUUUGCAGACUCUGAGCCUCCUAAAAUGGAGCUGAAAUCUGUUGGAGACAUUGAACAGGAGCUGGAGAUGUGCAAAGCAUCUAUCCGGAGACUGGAGAUGGAGGUUAACAAGGAGAGGUUCCGCAUGAUUUACCUGCAGACUCUCCUGGCAAAGGAGAAGAAAAGCUAUGAUAGACAGAGAUGGGGUUUUAAACGUGUUUCUCAGUUGCCUGAAGGGGGUGCAGAGCAGCAGAUUCAAGACCUGCAUCAUCACCAGUCUGCUGACCAAGAUGAAUACGAAAAAAGCAAGUCACACCACGGGGAGGAAAAGUUCAAACCCAGAAUACCCUCUCUGCGGAAGCUGUCUACCCAGAGUGAUGGGUCAGACCUGUCACCCUCAGACAGCCCACACCAUGGAGAGGGAGAGCAGGACAGGUGUAAGUACUAUGGUGAAGAGAAACUGAAGAGAGUUGCAGAAGAUCAGGAGAAUCGCUGUGAUGCAGAUGGCUCUCCUUCAAAACACAGAUCAUCUUCCAGUCGCAGGCUGGUGGGAUCUGCUGAGAAGGAGGGUUCAUUUGAACCUGUUUCUAAGGAGAGAGGUAAUAGCACCAGCGUGGCAGCCCUAAGGUCCAAUUUUGAGAGGAUUAAAAAGGUUAAUUCCCAUUCUUCUGGAGAUAACAAGGAUGUUGUUGAAAAGCCCUUUUAUGUGAACAUGGAGUAUCAUCAUGAGAAGGGUCUAGUAAAGGUCAAUGACAAAGAGGUCUCUGAUAAAAUAAGCUCCCUUGGCAGUCAAGCCAUGCAAAUGGAACGCAAAAAGUCUUUGCACUCUCUCCCUUCUAACAUGGUACCGAGCUUCAGUGAGUUCCAGAGGCCUGCUUACAGGGGAAGGCCCUCAGAGAGCAGCUUUGGCUAUGAUGGAGAGUAUGAGGAUGCUGAACUUAACCCCAGGUUUCUGAAAGACAACCUGAUUAAUGCCAAUGGCAGCAACCGUUCACCUUGGCAGCCCAUGGACUUUCAACCCUAUCAAAGUAUCUAUGUUGGUGGGAUGAUGGAAGGAGAAGGAAAAGGACCUGUUCUGCGAAAUCAGGGCACGACUGACCAGGAGAAACAUCUCACAUGGCCCAGGAGAUCUUACUCCCCCAGAAGUUUUGAAGAUAUUGGAGGAGGGUAUACUCCAGACUGUAGCUCUAAUGAGAACCUUACCUCCAGCGAGGAAGACUUCUCCUCAGGGCAGUCCAGCCACGUCUCCCCCAGCCCCACCACGUACCGUAUGUACCGGGAUAAGAGCCGUUCCCCAUCCCAGAACUCGCAGCAGUCGUUUGACAGCAGCAGUCCCCCAACACCCCAGUCUCAGAAACGGCACAGGCAGCAGCAGGUCAUCGUGUCUGAGGCUACUAUUGUGGGUGUGCGAAAAACAGGACAGAUCUGGCCAAGUGAUGGAGAUUUGCCUUCUGGGAGGUGUCAUCAGGACAGCUGCUUCCAUGGGGAUACAGAUGCCUCAUUCAGUGGCACACCACCGAGCUACGCCUACGAUGCCGACCGCGCGGAGGAGCAGAGGCGACACCAUGAGAUGAUGCCCUACAUCGACGACUCGCCCUCCUCCUCCCCUCAGCUCAGCUCCAAGAGCCGCGGCAGCCGGGACACGCUGUCCUCAGGGUCUCUGGAAUCUACAAAAUCAAGUGAGCCAGACCUGGAGAAAGGCCUGGAGAUGAGAAAAUGGGUCCUGUCAGGAAUCCUGGCCAGUGAGGAAACCUACCUGAGCCACCUGGAAGCUCUGCUGCUGCCUAUGAAGCCUUUGAAAGCAGCUGCCACCACCUCUCAGCCGGUGCUGACCAGUCAGCAGAUUGAGACAAUAUUCUUCAAAGUGCCUGAGCUCUAUGAGAUCCACAAAGAGUUCUAUGAUGGGCUCUUUCCCCGAGUGCAGCAGUGGAGUCACCAGCAACGUGUAGGGGACCUCUUCCAGAAGCUGGCCAGCCAGCUGGGAGUGUACCGGGCCUUUGUGGAUAACUAUGAAGUUGCCAUGGAGACAGCAGAGAAAUGCUGCCAAGCCAACGCUCAGUUUGCUGAGAUCUCGGAGAACCUAAAGGCUAGAAGCACAAAGGAAUCUAAAGACCAGACAACAAAAAAUUCCUUGGAAACGCUGCUCUACAAGCCGGUGGAUCGAGUGACUCGCAGCACGCUCGUCCUGCACGAUUUGCUCAAGCACACUCCAGUGAGCCAUCCUGACCACCCACUGCUGCAGGAUGCUCUGCGGAUCUCUCAGAACUUCCUCUCCAGCAUCAAUGAAGAGAUCACUCCUCGCCGGCAGUCCAUGACUGUGAAGAAGGGGGAGCACCGGCAGCUGCUGAAGGACAGUUUCAUGGUGGAGCUGGUGGAGGGGGCUCGCAAGCUGCGCCACGUCUUUCUCUUUACUGAUCUCUUCCUGUGUGCCAAGCUCAAGAAGCAGAUUGGAGGCAAAAGCCAGCAGUACGACUGCAAGUGGUACAUCCCCCUCACUGACCUCAGCUUCCAGACGGUGGAUGAGGCCGAGGCAGUGCCCAACAUCCCGCUGGUGCCUGAUGAGGAGCUGGAUGCCAUGAAGAUCAAGAUAUCGCAGAUCAAGAAUGACAUCCAGCGUGAAAAGAGGGCAAAUAAAGGCAGCAAGGUGAUCGAGAGGUUGAAAAAGAAGCUCUCAGAGCAGGAAUCCCUCCUCCUGCUGAUGUCUCCCAGCAUGGCCUUCAGGGUACACAACCGCAAUGGCAAGAGUUACACAUUCCUCAUUUCAUCCGACUAUGAAAGGGCAGAGUGGAGAGAGAACAUCCGGGAGCAGCAGAAGAAAUGCUUUAAAAGUUUCUCCCUCACGUCAGUGGAGCUCCAGAUGCUGACAAACUCCUGUGUGAAGCUUCAGACAGUCCACAACAUUCCCCUCACUAUCAAUAAGGAAGAUGAUGAGUCUCCAGGGCUCUAUGGCUUCCUGAAUGUCAUUGUCCACUCUGCCACAGGAUUCAAGCAAAGUUCAAAUUUGUAUUGCACAUUGGAGGUGGAUUCCUUUGGGUAUUUUGUGAACAAGGCUAAAACCAGAGUGUACAGAGACACCACGGAGCCCAACUGGAACGAGGAGUUUGAGAUUGAGCUGGAAGGUUCCCAGACCCUGCGGAUCCUCUGCUAUGAGAAGUGCUACAACAAAACCAAGCUGACCAAAGAGGAUGGCGAGAGCAGCGACCGCAUCAUGGGCAAAGGGCAGAUCCAGCUGGACCCACAGGCAUUGCAGGACAAGGACUGGCAGCGCACAGUCAUCUCCAUGAACGGGGUGGAAGUGAAGCUGUCGGUGAAGUUCACCAGCCGGGAGUUCAGCCUCAAGAGGAUGCCGUCGCGCAAGCAGACUGGUGUCUUCGGGGUCAAGAUUGCUAUUGUCACCAAGAGAGAGAGAUCGAAGGUGCCCUACAUAGUGCGGCAGUGCGUGGAGGAGAUCGAGCGGCGGGGCAUGGAGGAGGUGGGCAUCUACCGUGUCUCGGGCGUUGCCACCGACAUCCAGGCUCUGAAAGCUGCCUUUGAUGUCAACAACAAGGACGUGUCGGUGAUGAUGAGUGAGAUGGAUGUCAACGCCAUUGCUGGCACCCUCAAGCUCUACUUCCGGGAGCUGCCUGAACCCCUCUUCACGGACGAGCUGUACCCCAACUUUGCUGAGGGCAUUGCACUUUCAGAUCCUGUUGCAAAGGAGAGCUGCAUGUUGAAUUUGUUGUUAUCGCUUCCAGAACCCAACCUUGUGACAUUCCUUUUCCUUUUGGACCAUUUAAAGAGGGUUGCUGAGAGGGAAAGUGUCAACAAGAUGUCCCUGCACAAUCUGGCAACUGUCUUUGGACCAACGCUGCUCAGACCUUCAGAGAAGGACAGCAAAAUCCCUGCCAACCCCACCCAGCCUAUCACAAUGACUGACAGCUGGUCACUAGAAGUCAUGUCCCAGGUUCAAGUUCUUCUGUACUUCCUGCAGCUAGAGACUAUCCCUACCCCAGACAGCAAGAGGCAAAGCAUUCUCUUUUCCACAGAGGUGUAGGUGCCUGCGGUACCGACAAGACACAACAAACUGCUCUUGGCACAGAUCUGCCACACCUGAGAAAGAGACAGAUGUGUUCCUGCAGAUGUUUCUGGCCUGCUCCUGUCCUGGGAAUUGAAGGCCUGCAGCGUUUCUGCUGCUUGCUAACCACGAACAAGCUGAAGAGCAAGGGGAAAAACCUCCGCUCUUGAUUGGCAGGACCAGAGCCAAGCCGGAGAUGGAGCUGUGCAGAAUCUCUGCCAGCAGGAGCAACAGGCACUUGAACAAAUGCACCACAGAGGGUGGCUGUUACUGCUGGGAGGGACUGAAGGUAUUCCUCACUUUAUGGAUUUAAUUUAUCAUAAAGAAACUUCCAGAUUUCUGCUGCACCACUUGCUAGGGUGCCCCUCUUUGGGCAAGGAGGGGGAAAGGAUAGCUCACAACUGUGUCUUUAAUAACUGCUGUUUUUAAAGUACUGUUCUAGGCCACCACAAUAGCAUUGCUUUGCAAGAGAGAGGAAGGGAAGGGUCUCAGACCUUCCCAUUCCCUUCUCAGAAAUCCAAGUCUUGCUUGGAGCAAGAUUCUAAAGAAGGGGAAGAGUUUUGCAUACAGCUACAGCUGAUGAUUUCUUUGGGAGUUUUGUUGGUUUGGGUUUUGUUGCUGGUUUGGGUUUUUUUUGGUCUUACCCACCCCUCCCUUUGCAAACAUUUAUCCAGCUGUAGGGAAGGAGAUGUCCUGCUCUUGCCUCUGCUGCACUGCUGAGGGGUUUCUGGGGAGCCAGGCCCAGUGAUGCUACGCUAUAAACAAAGACAGCAAAGGAGAGAAGCAGGUGGGGCUGGAGCCAGCGGUGCUGUUUGUGGCUCUGCCGUUUGUUUGCAGGCAGCCAGGCAGGGCUGCUGGACUCCUCAGGCCCCACCAAACUUGAUGCAAACUAACUGUUAGCUGCCAGCACUCCAAAGCUGUUAGCAAUGUCCAAAUGAGUGAGGCAUUUGUGAACAGAAGCAGCUAACCCAUGGCCAUCGUUUGGGCUGGCUGCUUCCUCCAGGCUUUGACCUGGAGAACCUUUUUGUGAUACUUGAAUUUUUGGAGGCUUUGUUCAUUGCUUCCACAAGAAGCUUUUUCUGGUAGACAAAAGCACCUGGGUAGCCUUUGUCAGAAUGUGCUUCCUGGACAGUCUGAUGAGAAGAGUGCAUUCUGCUGGCCCUGGUGGGAAGCAGAGCAGUGAGGACAUCUCUGCCAGGCCACAGGCAGCAGCACACAGGUCCAGCCAAACGCCAGUGUGGUGUUUUCCCUCUCUGCAUCAGUGGAAGCCCUGGGGGUGGCCCAGGCCUACAGGGCAGCAGCACUUUCUAGGGAGUUGAAAGCAUCAUCUCACUGCUGGUACCCAGAGCAGAGCCUUCUGGCUCUGAAGCAGCUGUGCCACACACCAGGGGUGGGAGCAAUUCCACUGUCACCAACUACUCCAGCCCCCCUUGCCUCCUCUGCAGCCAUUUAGUGGCAUCCAUCCGUCACCAUCCUGGUGACAGAACAAGUUCAGCCUGAAGACAAGGGAAGGAGUCAGGAUGAGGAGGGGAGGGAGGGACAGACUUUGAAAGAUUAAUAGAGUUUGGUUGUCGUUUGAGGGGAAAUACAACAGGGAAAGCAGCCCUGCUGUGCUGAAUUUCACCUUGCUGAUGGGUGAUCUGCAGCCUCUCAGUUAAGCCAAAACAACGAAGGAGUCUUUAGCCAAAUGGAAGGAAGAACAAGGGAGGGAGCUGGUUUUGUAAUGACUGCUGCAUAAUGUUAGGAGUUGCUGUACUGUGAAGCUGCGAAGUCGAGGAAGCGAAAGCAAUCUCCGUCCCCAUUGUGUGAGUGUAUCAAUAUCUUGCAUGCUUUGUAAGGAAUCUUAUAGGAGUUUAAUAUUGCUUAGUGUCCCUCCCUCCUUAGGUCUGGGAGCAAACCUCUUUGUAAUGUAAUGUACAACUAGAAAUUCCUUCUCUCUUCUCUGUAUUUCGCUACAUUCCAACUUCUGAACCCGUGAAGGAGAAAGUGUUUAUAGUAGGAGGUGCUUUUUUAGGGGAGGGAGGGAAUGAAGGCAAGGAAACCUGAAAGCUGCAGACUUUUGUAUUCCUGGUUUCUUUCUUUUUUGCCAUUCUGAAGGUAAAAAUUACUCAAUUACUCACAGUCUUGGAAACCAUUGACUUAAGGGAAGCCCUGGGGAGCAGCAGCCACUCUCCCUGGGUUUGUUUCUGUUUGCUCUCAUGUUCAGCCAGUGGCUCUGCAGCAGUUCUGUCGCUGCAGGCUGGCCCCUGCGUGCCCUUCAGCGUGGCCGAGGCAGGGGCACUGCUGGCAGCUUGGCUUGGAAGGAAGCCACCCAAGCAAAGCAGGCCAGGUGGCUGGAGACAGCUUUUCCUUUGGUGUUUGGAAUCUGUGGCUGCUCUUUGCAGCAUUGGAACUGGAAAGCAAUACCAUGCUGACUGUGCCAAUUUCCUUUUGCCCGAGUGUUUUAUUUUUAUUUAUGUAGGAGCUGAUUUUACUCUGAAGCAGCUGCUCCAGAGCUGUGGGCACCGAGGAGUCCCUUUGGCCUCGGUUGCUGUUACACUGUUCCAGGUUGUUGCUUUUAGGCUCUGGUUAGGAUGCUCAGUUCUAGUGUAACUUUGUCUAACAUGCAGGCAUGUGGAUCAGGGAAAAAAAAAGAAGUUAAUUUAACUGAACCGGUUAAUUAUUUCUGUUAAGUAUGAAGAUGUUUUCCCCAAAGCUGGUGAUUUUGGGCUGGAAAAGAUAGCAGCUCUUGUGCUGCUGCUGAACUCCUGCACUGGUGUGAAACGUCAGGAUUGACUUCUGCAGUUCCCUUUAAUCUCGCAAUGGAAGGGGUUUGAACAGCCUUGUGUUUGCAGAAGGGCUUCCCAGAAGGCUUCUGUGUUCUUUUGCAGGGAUGGUGGCUGCUCUGUGUGUGGGGUUGGGUUUGUUUUAUUUUUAAAUAAGCCCUAUCAGACAUAAACAAAAAGGGAAUUGCAAACCAUGGCUUGAGAGAAGGCCUGAUUUCUACACUCACAUCUUCCCUUGUGGGUUGUGUCAGAAAACUGAACUCUUCUGUUUUCUCUGUCAAAAAGGUACAAUAGCAACAAGAUAAGAGCGAACUAGCACAAACUUCCCCUUCACCUGCGUGCCCUGGCAGCUUCUGCUUUCAGUCUGUGCUGUGUUGGAGAGGUGUGUAAAAGGAAGCCCUCAGUUGCAGCCUGUGUGUCUCCAGCUGCAGCAGAGGGCUGAGCAGCAGCUUCCUGCCACUUAGCAACUAUUUGGAAAUUCUCAUGGAUGUUUUUAACACUGAGUAGGUUGUUAAGUAAAAUGUGAAAAAUAAGCGAAGCAAACUAGGGGAAAGGUUUCAAAGAUAGGCAAGAAAUAAGUUCCUCAUCAGCCUCAGCUUUGUGUUGGCCGUGUGUGGGUGUCAGAAACCAAACUGAAACCGUUCACAUGCUGCUGUUCUUUACUCUUGCACGCUUCUGACGAGCUGAGGCAGUGGCUGGACUGGUCCAGGCUGUAUUUCAAUGCUGCGCUUUCCCCGCGCGUCAGCUGAGGGCGGAACUCGGCGGCGUGGGGAGUAACUUGACCGCCUGCCGCUGUUCUGACCCGCAGCGCCUGUCGCAGGCAGUCCGCACGCAGCGCACGGAGCGCACCUGCACCUCCCGUGCUGGCCACGAGGGGGCGGGCGCCGUGUCCGGGGAGGUGUCGCAGCCCAGCCGGUGGCGCCGCCGGCUCGGUGGGUUGGUUCCUGAGCUCAUCCAAGCAAACCUUCUGCUCUUUGAGUUUGUUCGAACAGAUGUACUGCUCUUGGGGUUUGAUACUCAAACAGAUGUGCAGCUCUUCAGAGCUUACCCGGAUCGCCACAUUGGUCCUCACCCUUGUAACGCGGGCAGGGGUCACAAAGGGUUCACUGCUCUUGCCCUGCCCGUCUUGCAAGUUUGUAUCAAAAGUAAAUUGGCUUUAAAAAUGUUUAAAAUCUGAUGGAAAAAACUCAACGCCCUCUGGUUGCUCACUGGUUGGUCCUUCUGUUGCAACACACACGGAAAAGAGAGGCAUAGUUGGGAUCACUCAGCUCACAUGGUCUGGAAGUAGGAAGAAGUCCUCACAUCGGGUCACAGAAGCAGGCCUGUGCCCGAGAUAGCUGUGAGCAAGGACUGGCUCACCAGGAAGCAUUAAUGUAGGAGCACCAGGAACUGAGCUGCUGUAGCCUCCCAGUUCUGCUGUGCUGCUGACAGUGGACAGCUCAGUGCUGAGAAAGCAAAGCUUAGCUCCUACUCUCUUCCUUGUUUUUUCACCCUGUGGCAAUAGCAAAAGGGCAGCAGUGAAAUCUGUGAGUUCCGACAGGUGAAACUCCACUGCAAGGAAGGCAAAAGCUAACAGAACCAGGUCAAGCUGCUUGCUUAAACCUCUGUUGGUGGCCUGCAGGGAUAAAGUACCCCGGUGUGCUGAGACAGCAGGGCCAGAGCAAACCUGAGCACACAGCUUACCUUCAUUCUCCCCCUUCUGUGGCCAGCUCGCUGGAUUUAGGCCUUACAGGUCAAGAGAAUACAUAAAUGCUGUUGCCAAGAAUCAGAGAACUAUUGCAUGAGCUGUUUUGCCUCCACUGCUGAUUCUUUGUCACCAUCUCAUGGUGGAAUCGCUGGAGAGGGGGUAGGACUAGAUGGCCUUUGCUGGUCCCUUCUAACCCAUGCAGGUUGGGUCAUGCCAAUAGCUUCGAUGGCAUUUGCCACACUCAUGUGCACAGCUCCCACAGGGAGAAGAGGGGACCUUGGAGAGAACUGAAAUACUGCAGUCCUCUGGUGCCUGGGCCAGGCACUGCCAAAGCUCUGGGCUGGUGCAGUCCUGGCGCUCACAGGUGAGCCAUUUCUCUGAUCUGCAGGAUGAUUUAUGUGACAAGGCCACGGUCUGUCCCCAGAGGUAUUGGAAGGCAGCCUUGUGUACAAACCAGCUUCCUGCUAAUGACCCAUAGCAAAGAUGACAACGGGCAGAGCCCACCAGUGAGCAGAUGUCUUUGGGCCUGAGAUGCUCACAUCUCUCCAGAGACCCACGAGGUAGUUACAGGAAGAGACUCCUACUGUUCCUUUUCACUGUGCCUAAGUGAAUGCUCAAAUGCCCAGUUACAGAGUAGCUCAAAUUUCCUCCAUUUUUUGCCAUUUUGGGGGAAACCAGGAGCACACAAACAUGUUACACAAAUAAUCAGCUGGACCUGAUCCCUAACGACUUCCAAAUGCAGUAGGUGGCAGUGCACAAGUUGCUGUAACAAAAGGAUGCUUCUUCACAACAUGCCUCUUCUAAUGCCUUCUUCAUUGCUUCUCAGCCUGAGAAGUCUUGGUUUGAGCAUCACAAUUACACAUGGACCCUUCAGUAAUGUAUUUGGAGUCCUGGCUGAGACCCACCCGUGCAGGGCCAGGUGUUCCAAGAGGUGGGACAGCAGUGGUAACCAAGGCAGCAAAGAGAGCACAAGAAAUGCUUGUGGGUGGCUGGGAAGCACCACAGUGACAGACUGCGUUGAAAAAUGAUCUCGCAUCAGGUCACUGAGAUGUCCCUCCUGUGUCUGUCCAGGAAAGAAAACCAACAAACAGUAAACCCAAGCUGUGUAGUUUGUUCUUAUCCCUAGGAUUACAAGUGUUCAUACUCUGUGAAGAACUGCAAGGAAAGGAGUUAAGACUAUUUAUUUAAAUAUAAAUACAAUUAAAUUAUAUGAUUAGUGCUAAAUUAUCAGGUGUAGAAGACAACUCGUUAUUGUUUGGAUAAGUCUGGGUUUCAUCAGAGUUAAUCUUGCUGGCACUGUUUGAAGGAGUCCGUUUGUGACAUCUGACACUGCUGUUGCUUAGUGCUUCAGUACCUCAGAGUGCUCUGCUCUGGGGACAGAAAACCUAAUCCCAAGAUUUUACUACUGAAAGGUGUUGGAACUCUACUGCCAAACAUCUCUCAGUUUAGGUCCAAAAAAAGAGGAGAAAGAAAAGGCACAGGGGGAAGCUGUCAUUCUGGGUAGUUUAUUUUUAAUUUCUGAGAAAAGUGGUAUGAAAAAGGGAUCCAAAAACUGUAUCUGGGGGGAAAAAGGCAUUUGUAGCCUUUGUUUGUACACAAUGUUAAAUAAAAUCUCCUGUAUCUA